GGUUAUAAUUUAUUGCAUGUCCUAGUUUUGCAGCUUUGCAACCUCAGAAUUAUAGCUAAUGGAUUGCAGCGAGUUACGUGUUUGUGCAUGGUGAUGAAUGAGGAUGCUUGAUAAACCAUAAAUUAAAUGCAACAACGUGCACUUACAAAUAUUUUCGUUUGGCAGAACUUUGACAAGCUAUGAACUGUUUUCUAAUGACGUUGACAAUUCAUAUAGACAUUAGACUUAGGCCUAAUUGUGACAUCAUGUGUGUAUGACAUCUUUGAAGAAUGCCCUGGCUUCAGCCAAUCGGAAUCGAGUAUUCAACAAUGCUUUGGAAUAAUUCAAGGACGUUCAUAUUCACUUCAGUUGUCUGCCGAUGGUUCACUGACGUUUUUUCAAAGGAAGUAUUAGUAUUACCUCUAAACAGCCUACAACAAUAAGCUACACAUCAUGUCAGACGACAGCAAGAACGUGAAAUGGGAGGAUCAUCCGGAUGACCAAAAUAAAGUUGUGGAGAAUAUGAAGGAGGAAACAGAGACACAUGAGACCAACAAGAACAGGACAGGAGGCAAGGCUAAACGUAAGUCCAGUGGCCGUGCCAAGAAGACUUCCGUGGAGGAGGACAGCAGCAUUGGUGCAGGUCCGAGAUUACUUCAUGUUGGGUGCAGGUUGUGUUCAAAUUCAUCAGCACUGAUCUGAGAAGAUAGUAUCUAUAUAGGUGAAAGCAAUAUAGUGGAGGCCCGCAGAGAGAUGUGCUUUUACCUGUCCAGUGCAAUCAAAUCACUAAAGGUGAAGGAAAUUAGGAAUAAAGUUCAGAUUCAACUUUAGAUUUCUCUUUGCGGUUUCCCAGAGUCUUCUCAGACACCCGGGUGUGGUUUCUGGGAAAGGGGAUCUAUCAUUGAGCAGCUGGAGAAGGAGGCUCAGAGGACUCUAAUGCCUUCUCUCAAGAUUGGGACAUGCUGUGCCCCAAUCCUCCUCUCUUUCCUGAGGAGUCUAACUGAUGAGCAAGUUCCAUGUCUUUUUCCAACCUCACAUACAACCUAUCUGAAUUUAUAGUCAUAGUGCACCUUCUAACCACAAAUGGGAUUUUAAACACUACACCUAACCCUAACAUCACUGUAACCACACCCCUAACUCUUGCUGUAAAUCAAGAACAAAAUGACUCAUGUACUUGCUAAUAGCUUAAUUAAAUACACUUGUAUUAUCCCUAACAUGGCUAUCUAGUGACUCCACUAACUCAACACCAGUGUGCAGCUAAAAUAUGUUUGCUUUCUUUUCUUUGCUCUAGCCAAUGGAGAGGGAUUCAGCAUGGCAUGAAAAAUAACCUGACAUUCGAGCAGCUCUCCAUGCUGUGUCUGAAGAUUGUUAAGGUCGUGACCCAGACAGCCCUCCGCAUUCUCCUACCAGCGCUAGCUCGUAUCAUGGGGGUGAACCUGAGGAGUGGGGCAACCUCCCCAGAAUCGCAGUGCUCUCUGACAGGGUCUGAGGAUUCCUUAGGCAGUCUGGAUGAGAGAGAGAAAAGGCUGCUGAUCAGUGAGAUGAACUACUGGACUAAGGAGAGGAGGAGGAAUGGCAGUGCAGGGUGCCACCAAAAAUCCACUGGCAGAACCUCAUCAUCAUGCUGGUCGCCUAAGAGGUCCCAGACCUCAUUGCAGAGCUUGCCUGCAACUAGAGAGGCUCCCCUCAUGGAGGAGCCUCUGAAGGCUCUUUUUGGGGUAAGGGAAGAGAGCCUCCUGAUAUCCUUGGUUGAGGGUCACUCCAACCCCACCUCCUCCAGCUCCUCCGAGUUGAGCUGUGCUAUCGUGGGGGAGGUAAUACACCAGCUUAACUCUGGCCUCUCAGUGGCCAUUCAGGCCAGCUCGGGGAGUUGCCCCCCUAUGGACAGUCAGGACAUAGCAGCAGGCAAGGAGGUCAUUCGGGUAGCCUCGGUACAGAUCCUGGCCGAGCUACAGAGAAAAACGUCUGAGCCAGAGUGGGGAGGGUUUAUCGAGCCCCUCAUGGACCCUGUGACCGAUGAUGUGCUGGAUGCCAUUGUCGGCACAAUGGACAAAAUGUCACAGGACUUCAACAUCCUCUUGGAUCUGGCCAAGAAGAUGACAAUCUUGGGGUCUACAUUUCUGACCAAUCUUCAAUGUGACCUUGAUGUUGAGUGUCCAUCUGGGAAAGAAGGAACCACUCACUUUCUCAAAGAGACUGGAUCCUCUACCAGUGUGGUGGCCAGAAAGCUUCAGACCCUCUCUAGCCCCGACUUUCAGUCUAAAGCCCUCAAGGCGGUGAGCACCAUCCUUACAAGGAAAGUCAGCAGCUCUUCUGGCAUGGCUUCUUCCUCUAGGCCUUCUAGUGCUGCUCCUAGCCUUACUGAAGCACCCCCGAAUACCAGCUCUACAGCCCUGACAUCUGUAACCUCCACUGCCACAGUGAUUGUUAAGGCAUUUGUGGGAGGCAUGGAGACGAUAGCAUCAUUUGAAGGCACAUGUGAAGCAGUUGAUUGGCCAGUUCCUGUAAAUGACCACAAAACAGGGUCUUCACAGAAGAUAACCUUCUCUCCAGCCCGCACACUCUACGGCCUUAUACGAGCAAAGCUGAGGGACCUUUUAACUCUAUCCGCUCGAGAAGAAGGUGUGGCUAAGGACGCUUCUCUUCAGGAGUAUUCAGACACCCUGGAAAAGGCAACUGUUUCAACUGUUGAGGUCGUUACCCAGCACCAAACUCAGUAGA